UCCUGAAGCAGCUUCCGUGACCGUGAACUCCAUUUUCCUGACUGUCCUGAAGGCAGCACAGAUGCUAUCUGCGUGUAGCCUCGCUAGCGGCUUCACUCCGCGGUUUUAGGAUUGUUUGUUUGUUUUCUCUCCUGAACCCUCGCGCGCUGACUGUCUUCAUAUACACGCCGCAGUAGCUGUGACUUUAACGGGCUGACGUCACAGUCUGGCUUCGCUUUUCGCGCUAACGCUAGCAGCGACACGUUAGCAUUAACUGUUUGAUCCCAGGUUUGUUAAUAAAGUUUUUUCUUUCAAUAACAUGGACCGGUUUGUCGUCCGUCUCCCUAAAGAAGGACGGAAGCCGCCGAGGACCACAGAGAAACGCUACAGACAGACCACCAUCGAGUCUUUACGGAGGGUGGUCGUGAUUGAUGACAUCAUCCGCCACAAGGCAGCGCUGGAACUCCCGGGUCAGACCAAAGAGAACCUGCUGUCGGUCCUGGCGGAGCUGAGCAAGAAGAUGCCGUCCCGGGAGGUUCUGAGGUCCACCAAGAUAGGUCACGCGGUCAACAAGCUGCGGAAGCACCAGGAUCCCGACGUGAGUUCUGCGGCUGCGCGGCUUUACCGCGACUGGAAGAGCUUCAUCCAGGAGAACUCCAACAAGCCCUGCAUCCAGGUGCGCCGCGACCGCCAGUCGGAGGCGCUGAGGAGCAACGCCAGGAGGAUGCUGUCCGCAGCCCUGGAGGUCCAGGAGGACUCCGGGCUGACCGACAGCAUCGAGCAGGAAGUGUUUCACCGGAGCUCGCGCCUCGUGAGCGCCUCCUACAGACGGACGAUUCGAGCCCUGGUGUUCGCCUUCAAGCACAACUCCCAGGUCACGACCCAGGUGAAGAACGGCGACAUGUCAGUCAACCGACUCGUGUCUGAUUACAAAAAAUAAGUGAAGCAUCGGACUGCACACCGGUUUUUAAGAAGAGUCUUUGUUUUUCAGUGAAAAACAAAAAAGUGUUGUGGUUUUGUUAAUAUGGGUGACCUCUGUGACCUCUGGUCAGUGACCUCUGUGACCUCUGGUCAGUGACCUCUGGUCAGUGACCUCUGUGACCUCUGGUCAGUGACCUCUGUGACCUCUGGUCAGUGACCUCUGAUCAGUGACCUCUGUGACCUCUGAUCAGUGACCUCUGGGACCUCUGGUCAGUGACCUCUGUGACCUCUGGUCAGUGACCUCUGUGACCUCUGGUCAGUGACCUGCACACUGAUCGUGAUCCUGACCAUGUAAAUGCCAGUUGUGCAGCUCUUUGGGUUGAUGUUUCACGUCAAGUGUGUAGUUUGUGGUACAGCGUCAUAUCUGGGAUGGAUGUACCUUUGGAUCUCCUCAUUUAGAAAAACAUGUUAGCCACAACCAAAAAAUGGCAGCCAUUUGUAAAGAUGGCAGCCAUACACUCAAUCAUUAUAAAAAUAUUCAAUCUCAGUUUGUCUCAGACUCAACAAUACAGGCUGUUGAUGCAUCAAAUGCAGCCUGUUACCUUGAGGAGAGUCCACAGAAUCCUGUUAUAUGUAUAAUGCACACACAUUCAUAUAUACAUAACUGUGGCUAACGUGCUUUUCUGAAAGGUGAUCCGGAGGUUCUUCAUGCUAAACUUGGUGUUUUUACCCCAGACUGCAUGAUUAUUUUGAUAACCAGCUCCACUAUGAAUCCUUAUCAAUCCUUCCUCCUAACUGAGGUUCUGUUCACGUUUUUACUCAAAGCUUAAGCAUGAAAUGCUCCUUAAAUGAAAACUUUUAGAACGUCUCAGUAAUGAGAGGAUCCCCAGUCCAAGUGUGGUGAACUGCUGGCCUGUUUGUACCACGAACACAUGACCUCUGUUAAAGUCAUCAUGUUAAAACGGUUCUUUGAGUUUUCUGCUGCUGAAAAACACUCAACUUUUGGAACAAGAUUUUUAUUUAUUUUAAUGUUUGUUAAAGGAGCAAAGCUUGAAUAUUUACUGCUGAUGUCAAUAUCUUAUGGAAAUGUACAUUUUUUUACUGUCACCUUUGUUUUCGUGUCAAGAUUCAAAUAAAGACAUUCCAGUCCAAUC